AUGACCUUCCACCGCGACCAGGAGCAGUUUGUGCGUGCCCGUUGGCGCCGCGGCAUCCUCUUCCCCGCCUGGGCCGUCCAGGCGGCCCUGCUGCUCGGCGUGCUCGGCGUCUUCUCGUACCGCCUUGCCGACACGGCCGAACAUUUUGCAGACAACCGCGCCGCCGGCAAAGUGCCCAGCGUCGAGCUCGCCUGGGAGGUCACAAAUGUCAGCCUGGGCGUGGUGUCUCUGGUCUUGACCGUCAUGGAGGCGGUGCGCUGGUUGGCGGAGACGCUGACGCCCUUCUUUUUGCUGGCCGCGCACAUUGUCAAAUUGACGGGCGCCGCGGCCAUGCUCGCGCUCGACGUGGUCGUGUACAUCCACCGGUCCGAGGGCAACUGGUCGGCGGUGGGGCUGGCGCUGGACGUGGUGCUGGUGGCGGCGAUGCUGGUGCUGUUUGGCUAUGCCGUUUUCACGUACCGGCGGCUGGUGCAGUCGUACGACGACUACUACCACGGGCCGUCGCACAAUGCCAAAGGCUUUGGGUUCGGCAGCGGGUACGACGAGAUCGAGCUGGGCGGCGGGCCAGCGGACCGGACGAGCAUGCGCGGCCUCGUGGGCCACAGCGCCGCCAUGGGUACUACGGGUGCGGGGCCGUACAACGACAGGCCGACCGCGUACGACCCGCAUGGCGCGGGCGCGGGCGCGACUGCUGCGGCGACCGCCGGCGGCGAGGCGGGCCGCCGCAGCCGGUCCCACUCGGCUGCCUCGUCGCUGCGCGGCUCGCCGUCGGGCGGACGGCCCUCUGGUGUCCUCGCCGACGAUGGCCGCCGCGCCAGCUACAACCACGAACGCGACACGCAGUUUGACAGCUACGUCAUGAACCGCACCAGCGCCGUGCUCAGCAAGGACGAUGUCGACCGGGCCAUCAGCACGGAGCUCUGGGGCACGGCGCGGCCGCCGUCCGGAUCCAUUGCUGUGGACGCCGGCCGUACGGGUGCUGCCGGGGCCGUGGAACGCUCCAACAGCGUCGUGGCCACGGGCGUCGUGGCAAGGCCGGCGGCGAGGGUGCAGCGCGACGUGAUCGACCGGGCCGUCAGCUGGAACGUGGAGCACGAGCUGGCGUCGGUGCCCGGGAGUCUGCACGAGGAUUAUGACGGGACGAGCACGCUGCGGACGGUGGGAUCGGUGGCGACCAUUGCGGAGGAAUACGAGGGCGGCCAGGCAGCGCAGGCACGGACACAGGUACGGCCACCAAAUACUGCCGGCCAUGCGUACGGCGAGCGCGCACAAGACGAGGACGAGGUGGAUGCGGACGCUCUGGCACAUGGACGGUACCGCACAAAGGGCGCCAACGAAGACCGGGCGCUGCUGAUGGGCCACAGCCGGCACGGCAGCCUGGAAGAGGAUGAGGCAGAGGACGACGAGCGUGGGCCGAUCCCGGACACGGCGGCUCACGGCCGUUAA